AUGGGCACGAAAUUCAUCCCUCUGGAUGAUGUUAGGGUCCCAGGCUUCACAGAUGCGCGUGUCCAGCUGGAUGCAGCGCCCAUCAAGAUGGUCAACGACAUGGAUGGCAAAUUCACCGAGCACACCGACACCAGCAACUUGACCACUGCUGUUGGCAUCACGACUGUACUUUUCCGUUGGUGCCCGGACGCUCUCAACGCAUUCAUCGAUAUCGACGCCUGGUUCUCCUUCACAUGGACCCUGACUAUUCAAGACGAGAUGAAGAUCGAAAUCGGACGCGUGGAAAACCAAAUCACCAUGGGAAAACUGGAUGCUGAAGGCGACAAGUGGACCCUCAUGUUGACGUACAACAUUGCUCCCGAUGGACCUCAGAGAGGAGCUUGGGUGCCUAAUCCUGCUGAAAGUAUGCUCGGCGAUAAUGAUCUCACAGACCCUGCGCAAAUCGACGCACUGGCUAGAGAGUUUGUUAGGGACUUGAUUCUCAAGCAACGCUGGUUCACGGGCAAGAAGAUGCAACAUCAGCUAUAUGUUGAGUAUGCAUUGAUGGAUCCCUUCGGCGACGGCAUCCCCAUGAACCCCCACUGGCUCUACGAUGCUCCAAACAUUGGUCACUGCACCACUUGUGAUGUUCACAAAGAUGUCAAGCCCCUACAACGAUGUGGUAGAUGCGGUACAGCAGCUUAUUGCUGUCCUAUGCAUCAGAAGGUGGAUUGGCCUGUGCACAAAAGCAUAUGCAAUAUGAACUUGGAGGAUAGAGGACAGAUGUUGAAGAUCUCUCAGAAUAACGGGUUGAUUGGGUGGGAUCUUUCAAAGACAGUUGGAGAUGAGAAUGAUGAUAACGAGGAGGAGAUGUCGAAGAAUCCAAACUUUGUCACUCCACAGUUGAAGAGGCAACGUCAAAUGCACGCACAGAUCGGUAGUCUUAGGUAA